AUGGGCAGCGACAGCACUGGGCAGCCUGGCGUUCACACCUAUAAAUCCCUGGCCGAGGAUGGUGCCUUUGGCUCCCUGGAGCCUCCCAAGAGGUCCACGGGCAGACUGGUCAUGCACAGCCUGGCCAUGUUUGGCCGGGAGUUUUGCUAUGCCGUGGAGGCGGCCUACGUGACCCCGGUGCUGCUCAGCGUGGGCCUGCCCCGGGGCCUGUACAGCGUGGUGUGGCUCCUCAGCCCCGUCCUGGGAUUCCUGCUGCAGCCCGUGGCGGGAUCAGCCAGCGACCACUGCAGAGCCAGGUGGGGCCGGCGGAGACCCUACAUCCUCACGCUGGGCGUCCUGAUGCUCUUGGGAAUGGCUUUGUACCUCAACGGGGACGCGGUGGUAUCAGCUUUGAUUGCUGAUCCCCAGAAGAAGCUGAUUGGAGCCAUAAGCAUCACCAUGAUAGGUGUGGUUCUCUUUGAUUUUGCUGCUGACUUCAUUGAUGGGCCAAUCAAAGCCUACUUGUUUGAUGUCUGUUCUCAUCACGAUAAGGAAAGAGGCCUCCACUACCAUGCCCUCUUCACAGGCUUUGGAGGUGCCCUGGGCUACCUUUUGGGUGCCAUUGACUGGUCCCAUCUGGAGCUGGGAAGAGUGUUUGGCACAGAGUUCCAAGUCAUGUUCUUCUUCUCUGCCUUGAUGCUCACUCUGUGUUUACUUAUUCAUCUGUGCAGUAUCCCUGAAGCCCCACUUACAGAUGUGGCAAAAGACAUUCCUGAAGAGCAAGCCACCCAGGAUCCUCCACUGUCUUCAGACAGAGUGUUUGAGUAUGGGUCCAUUGAAAAGGCUAAAAAUGGCUAUGCAGAUUCAGAGCUGGUGAUGCAAGGAGGGAAAAAUAAAAAUCUGGAUGACCAGACUCCAAGGACAAUGACCAUGAAGUCCCUGCUGAGGGCACUGAUGAGCAUGCCUCCCCACUACCGCUACCUUUGCAUCAGCCACCUCAUUGGAUGGACUGCCUUUCUGUCCAACAUGCUCUUCUUCACAGAUUUCAUGGGCCAGAUCGUGUACCAUGGGGAUCCCUACAGUGCACACAAUUCCACAGAGUUUUUCAUCUACCAAAGAGGGGUCGAGGUGGGGUGCUGGGGUCUGUGCAUCAACUCCGUGUCAUCAUCGCUUUACUCAUACUUCCAGAAAGCUCUGGUCUCCUACGUGGGAUUAAAGGGUCUUUACUUCAUGGGGUAUUUACUGUUUGGCCUGGGGACAGGAUUCAUCGGGCUGUUCCCCAGAGUCUACCCCACUCUGGCUCUCUGUGCCUCAUUUGGAGUGAUGUCCAGUACGCUGUACACCGUGCCCUAUAACCUCAUCGCCGAGUACCACCGGGAGGAGAAGGAGGAACAGAAGCGGCAGGCCCAAGGAGCUGACCCGGACACUAACUGUGGCAGAGGGCAGGGUCUGGACUGCGCUGCCCUCACCUGCAUGGUGCAGCUGGCCCAGAUCCUGGUUGGGGGUGGCCUGGGCUUUCUGGUCAACAUGGCCGGGAGCGUCGGCGUCGUGGUGAUCACGGCAUCUGCGGUGGCGCUGAUUGGCUGCUGCUUCGUCGUGUUCUUUGUUAGAUAUGUGGAUUGA